AUGUCUGAAAAGGUUACUAGGAACAGGACUCAUCUAUUAGGCGGGUUUCUUGGUGGGCUGACGUCUGCUGUAGCGUUACAACCAUUAGAUCUUUUAAAAACGAGAAUCCAACAGCAGAAAACUAAUACUCUAUGGUCUGUCUUCAAGAGUUUUGAUAGUCCAUCACAAUUAUGGAGAGGAACGUUACCAUCUGCUUUACGAACUUCCAUCGGUAGUGCUCUUUAUUUAACUUCAUUAAAUGUCAUGAGAACCACUUUGGUAAAGCAAAAAUCUUGGAAUCACCAAUCUCAACUAGUCACAAAUAAAAGUAGUCUACUGCCACAUCUAUCUGUCUAUGAGAAUCUACUGACUGGUGCUUUUGCAAGAGGUGUAGUUGGUUUUAUCACCAUGCCGAUUACAGUAAUAAAAGUAAGGUACGAAUCCACCUUAUACAAUUAUAAGAGCAUUAAUGAUUCAAUUAAAGAUAUUUAUAAGACUGAUCACAUAAAGGGAUUCUUUAGAGGAUUACUACCUACAAUAAUUAGAGAUGCACCAUAUGCAGGAAUAUAUGUAUUGCUAUAUGAGAAAGCUAAAGAGAUAACCCCUUCGUUAGUUCCUUUAAAACUGCUAAACGAUAGAAAUAAUGGACACUUCUCAAGUACUACUUCGACCUUAAUAAAUUCAUCGAGUGCAAUUCUAGCCGCAUCAUUAGCAACCACUAUAACGGCCCCAUUCGAUACAAUAAAGACAAGAAUGCAAUUGCAACCUAAUUUAUUUCCUAGUUUCUUAAAGGCUGGUAUGAUAAUUAUUCAAAAGGAAAAUCUUCGACAGUUAUUUAGUGGAUUAAGCAUGAGACUUUCUAGGAAAGCUAUGAGUGCUGGCAUAGCAUGGGGAAUCUAUGAAGAAUUAAUAAAAAUAACCUGA